CUCGAGAACCUCCAGUCUAUUAUAAUUUUUGAUGGAGGUGCUUGGUGCUGCAACGGAUUCCUCGGUGACUACGAUUUAAGCGAUACAAAGUGUGGAGUUUAUCUGGUGUGGGGGACCCCAGCAGGGGUCUACUUAAAUGCCGCUGCUAAAUCGACUGCCAGGGCAAUAAAGACGCUACAGGAGUUUUCAUGGGAUUUUCCCGAUGAGGAAUUGUGCUACAGUAUUCGGUUCAUGGGGUGCAGCUGCUCGCCAAUGCCGUACAAUAUCGAUAUGCGCCGUUGUCAGAUACUUAGUAACACUUAG